ACGGCUGUUGCAGAUGAGCUUAGUGGUUUGAGGAAUAGUUGGUUAACUAGAAGCUGACGGGCUAUCUGUGAAAGUAACGUUUUGCGUGUGUAGUAGAAGUCUUCUUAAUUACGUCAAUUACGCCGAAUAAGACCGAUUAUCUAAACCGAGAGAGAGAAGAAAAGGUUGUACAUUUGAAAAGCAUUGUAACUUAAAGUCACGGCGGAACAAAAAGUCGAGUCGAGCAGUGGACCCCGGUGAACACCGGUGUCAUUUAUAAGUUAAUUCAAUACCGCCGAACCUGGGGAUUGUUUUUCCAGUAAGCUAGCUAGUUGUGUUUGAGUAAAAGCUGCAUGCUUUGUUGCGUUUUCUAGACUGACUUCAAAGCGGCAUCCUGGAAAGAAGAAUUCAAUGUGUCCUCUGAAAUUUCAUGGUUUCCUUAUGAUGGUAUGAGGAUGGGACAAGGUGGUGUUGCAAGUGACUGCAGCCCUGGAGGCUGAUGAACCUGGUCUCCAUUGGCCAGUCAGGAUGCACAUAGCUUCAGUGGGUGUCAGCAAGUUCUGCUUCCUGUUUUCCCUCGCAUUGUGUGGCCUCCUGCUUCUGUUCAUCCCUGCCCUGCAGCCCCCAGCACGCCAGGUGGAUCUGCCUCAGCCCCGAUCCCAAGUCAGACCUGCACGUGCAAGCCCAUCACAGCAUGCCGGGGCUCCAGCGGUGUCUGUCCAUGGUGGGGCCAUUGACUCCGCUGCAGGGCUGAAUAGGAGCUCAGCACGACAGGGGGGAUCCAUUGAGACUGAAGUUAGCAGGAAUGAUAACAAUAGUCCCAAGAGGGUGAUGGACUCCAAAAGAGGAGCUCUUCCUGGAGGAAAGGGCGGUGGACUCUCAGCUUCUAGGUCUCGGGACCUGUUGCAGUUAAAGGACAUUUUUAUUGCAGUGAAGACUACCAGGAAGUACCACAAGUCCAGACUGGAGCUGCUGAUUCAGACCUGGGUUUCCCAAGCUAAAGAACAGACCUACAUAUUCACUGAUGGUGAGGACAAGGAGCUGCGGAUGAGAACCGGAGCUGACAUCAUCAACACUAACUGCUCAGCAGCUCACACCCGACAGGCUCUGUGCUGCAAGAUGUCUGUGGAGUACGACAAAUUCAUAGAGUCUCAGAAAAAGUGGUUCUGCCAUGUGGAUGAUGAUAACUACGUGAUCCUCCCCAGCCUGCUGCGGCUGCUCUCCUCCUACCACCACAGCCAGGAUGUGUACCUGGGCCGACCCAGUCUGGAUCAUCCUAUAGAGGCUGCAGAGAGGGUCAAGAGUGACGGAUCGGUGUCUGUCAAGUUCUGGUUUGCCACAGGUGGAGCAGGUUUCUGUAUCAGCAGAGGUCUGGCACUGAAAAUGAGCCCAUGGGCCAGUCUGGGAAAUUUCAUCAGCACAGCAGAGAAGAUCCGACUACCGGACGACUGCACCAUCGGCUACAUCAUCGAAGCUCUGCUGGAGGUGGCCCUAACACACACACACCUCUUCCAUUCUCACCUGGAGAAUCUACAGAAGCUGCCCACUGACACUGUACUGGAGCAGGUGACUCUUAGCUACGGAGGCUUUGAGAACAGAAGAAAUGUGGUCAGUAUUGUUGGAGGCUUUUCACUGGCUGAGGACCCCACAAGAUUUAAGACAGUCCACUGCCUUCUGUAUCCAGAUACUGACUGGUGUCCAAAACUCAAACUUCACCACAAAAACUGAAAGCCACUGCGUUUAUACCCUGAUACCUGCUAAACCUUUAUCCUACUGCCUCACGCUGCCAUGUUUGGAUCCAACUACGUUUAGCUGGAAAUCCUUCCCACGUCUUUUGGUGGAUGCCAUCAUCCAACGCAGCCUCACCUCAUGCUUUGUGGAUGCGCAGUGCUAUGGGUUUUUUCUUACACCUCUCAGAGGCAGAACUGGUUUAGAGGCAAAAUUGACCUAACUCAUUAAGUAAAUAAUGGGUGGAGCCAAAGAAUGACUAGCUAAGGGAACAUAGAAGUGGCUGGAGCCACAUUUUUCCCCACUAUAAAUUAGCUUUUGAGAGUGGAUUGUUAACACUAACCUCAAUGUUCCUCAACAGAAAAACACAACAGUCUCUCUCUCCUGAGCUGGGCUGACCUUGUGGGUGCAUUCAAUCGUUGUUGACCACUGUUUGAAAUGAAAGACGGACUAAAAACGGACUAAUUACUUGUGUUUUUGAAUUAACAUUAGCCUCGGACCGAGACCAGACAAAAAAAAUGCAUGGCAAAAUAUCAGCAUACAGAUGUUGCUACCAGGUUUGUUAUAAAAAGACACUGUUUGUGUCUACGAAAAAUAGCAUCAUAGCUAAGGUGGCACCACCGAGAGUUCCGCAGUGGUAAAUACUGCACUGACCACUGUGAAACGCACAGCGUGAGACCCUUGUUUUCCUGCUGUAUUAAUCCUGCGGAUUUAGUGGCGUCUAGCUGCAGAUUGCAACCAACUGAAUAGCCCUCGCCUCACCCUCCCCUUCCAAGCGUGUAGGAGAACCUACGGUAGUUGAGAAAAGAGUUUGGUUUGUUUGUUCUGCGCUACUGGAGAAACAUAGUGGUGCAACAUGGCCGACUUCGGACCUGCUCCCUCUGUACAUGUGAAGUGAUCAUUCUAAGGUAAUGAAAAACGUUAAUCCCUAACUCAAACCCUAAAUCUUACACACUGGUCUUUUCAAGGGCGUCAGCAACUGAAUUUGACAAAUAGAAUUCUGGGAGGUCCAUGUAGGUUUAAUGCAAGUGUUUGGUCUCAACAACAAACGUACGUGGGACUACCAGGAGGACAAACACUUUGUCUUUGUUUCCAUUUGACUAGAAUUUAGUUUUGCUCCAAGCAAGGGCAGUGUUGCUGUGAAGGGAUCAUAGUCAGAAUGGAGAGGGGGAAUGAUUACAGAAUAUUUUACAUACAUAUGGGCACAUAUUACUGAUGUAUUUAGACAGACAUGGACAGUAGAGGAUUUCCUUCUUCCUGCCUGUUGUUUAAUGAAGGAAAGAUUAACCCGAUUCCAUGCCUCCAUCCACUGUGGUGUAACUUUAGCAGUAGAGUAGCCGAAUGGGUUAGGGUACUAGCCAAGCUACAGAAGUAACGUCAGAAUUGGAAGCUAUCAUGUAUGAAUAAAAAUAGUUCUGAACCUGCACUCUGCAUGUCCAUUUCUCCGCUUUAUUCUUUUACUGACAUGUUAACCUGAAGUCAAUGUAAAAUCCAGAUAAUUGCUUUAGAAUGAAAGAUUGUGGUGGUACUUUUAAAGAGUCUGAUUUAAGAUGUAUUAGGAGUAUCCUACUUUUUGGUCUCAAACGUGAAGUGAACUGAUAUGUCCAGAAUUGAGAUUAUGUUUGUGCAAGAAAACUUCUGUGGAAGGUUUAUAUGCUGCAUGUGCACACAUGAUCUGUUGUAAUUCUUCUGAUGUCUUCAUAUUCUCAGCCGAAUACAUUCUCCUUGUAUUGGACUAUUUAUAAUAAGCCCAUCUUCAUGGUUUUGCACUACUUUGAUCUUGCCACAUCCUACAUUUUACUGGAGCUCUAAACAGUUGUGGUGUAAAUAUGAGUGAACUGUAUUGUGUUCUUUCCUCAUAGGCUGUUACACACCUUUAAGGCAGAGCUACUUUGGAGGUGGAGAUGCAUUUUGUUGUUGGAGUUAGACUUUAAUGAAUGGGGCCAAAGAUAUCUCUACAACAUUGCCAUGAAAUUUGGUAUGGAUGUUCAUGGUCCCCGGAGGAAGAUUGCUGAUGAGCCUUUUAUUUUAUUUUUUUGGCACUGCCAUCACGUCAAUAUUUCCUGUUGACACAAUUGAGUGAAAACAUUUUAGAUAUGACCGUUCUUUUAUUUUGAAAUUGUAGCUGCAAGCGCAGUAAGUGUACUUGGUACUUUCUUUAAAUUAGUUAGGAUGCCUAGCUACCCUGAGUCUUAAAAUAUAUAUCAUGUUCUUCUCACGAUGAAUUGUAAUACUUUGAUGUGUGAUUGAUAUGAUGCCUACACAUUUAGUGACGUUCCCAUCAGCCUCAGCUGUACUUUGUGUUUUGUGCUGAUUUGUAAAUGUUAGCAUGCUAAAACACGAAUAUGCUUACCGUGGUAAAUACCUGCUUUUAACAUCAGCUGGUGAGCAUGUUUGCUAGCUGUGUAACAUUACAUUGAAAUCCAGACAAGUUAUGUUAAGAUGUUACAGAACAAAUGCCUUAUUAGUCACAACCAUACUGCCAGUUAGUCUGCAGACCCACCGGAUUAUAAUAGCUCAUGGUGGGAAAGAAAGUCCUUGCAGACAACAAUUUCCUAAAUAGUAAGACCAGUGUUCUGUCUUUGGACUUACCGUUUGCCAUUUUGCUGACUUGUGCUCGGAUAAACUAGUUCUUUGGCUCCACCCACUCAGCUUCACCAACCAGUCAGUAUUUCUGCCUGUAAAAAGUAUUUAUGUAAUACACCCGUCUAAAUCUUUGCACAACUACAAUCCAAAAUCCAGAGCAUGUGGCCCACUGCAGGUCGGUGGGUGAGACUGAGUGAAAGAUGUAUAUCUUUUACCACUGAUGUAUUAUUGUGGUGUUUCAAUAAAUAAUAAUAAUAAAUAAAACCUUUCUGCAUUA